AAUAGUAUACGGGAACAAGUGUAUAAAAAUACAAUAAACAGAAACAGUGCCUUAGUAGAAUGUGUAUUUAAGAAGAAAAGGGAUAUAAAACAGAGACCACGGCGACAAAAUGCCAAAAAACUUGUUGCUUUUCAAAAAGUUAAUACCUGAAAUAAACUUCGCGAAAAGAAAUCUUACAUCGCCGCUCGGCCGGAACAUAUAUAUCAGUUAAAAAUUACAAUAGUGGUGCUUUAUAAUCAACCAAGUUGAAACAUUAAAUAGUGCCAUAAAGUUUUCUCGAAGAAAAAUAACUUAUGGUAAUAGCAAGACGUUGCCUUACGACAUAGUCGGUUGGAAUUUUUUUCGAAAAAGGAACACCAAGAACGCAGUGAUACUAGUGUAAGCCAUGCGAAUACGAUUCGCGCGUUUACAAAAUCAUUGGCCGAAAAUCACUUAAGUUUUUAAAUUUUUGAAAAAGGAACGAUGAUGAAUAACAAUCAGUUCCACGAGCUGUUCGGGUCUCAGUGGCCUCCAGACCAGCACGGGGGUCACUCGUCGGCCUCGACGAUGCUGCAUCAAGGCCAGGGUCUACCCCAGGGGAUGCAGCUGAAACGUGAGCCGCAUGAGGUCCAGGGGGUGAUGCACAACCAGAUGGGGAUGGAUAUAACUUCAGGCUCGGUGGCGGAUAGCACCUCCCCUCCCCCUGGCAGUAGCGACGGGAUGUUCGGGUCAUCGAUCUCAGGAAUGUUCUUGGACAAGAAAUCUGCCAACUCUAUAAGAGCCCAAAUCGAGAUCAUACCAUGCAAGGUGUGCGGGGACAAGUCCUCCGGCGUCCACUACGGGGUGAUCACCUGCGAGGGCUGCAAGGGCUUCUUCAGGCGCUCCCAGAGCACAGUGGUGAACUACCAAUGUCCACGCAACAAGGCCUGUGUGGUGGAUCGCGUCAACAGGAACCGCUGCCAGUACUGCCGGCUGCAGAAAUGUUUGAAGUUGGGGAUGAGUCGUGACGCUGUCAAAUUUGGCCGUAUGUCGAAAAAGCAGCGCGAAAAAGUCCAAGAGGAGGUGAAAGCGGUACAACUGCGCACUCAAAUAGAAGCAGCCCCGGACUCAGUGUAUGACGCACAACGGCAGACGCCCAGCUCAAGCGACCAAUUCCAUGGACAUUACAAUGGCUAUCCCGGUUACGGAUCGCCGCUAUCCUCAUACGGAUACAACAACACAGCGCCGGCGCUGACCUCCAAUAUGAAUUUGCACCAGCAGCCUCAGCAGUAUGACGUGUCAGCUGACUACGUCGACUCCACCACGUAUGAACCGAAGCAAACUGGCGGCUUCCUCGACACAGAUUUCAUUGGAAACGCUGAAGGUGACAUAAGCAAGGUGCUGGUGAAGAGUCUAGCUGAAGCUCACGCGAACACAAACCCAAAGCUGGAAUAUAUACACGAGAUGUUCAGAAAGCCGCCAGAUGUGCCUAAGUUGUUAUUUUACAACUCAAUGACGUACGAGGAGAUGUGGUUGGACUGCGCGGACAAGCUGACCGCCAUGAUACAGAAUAUCAUUGAGUUCGCUAAACUCAUACCUGGAUUCAUGAAGCUGAGUCAGGACGAUCAGAUACUGCUUUUGAAGUCCGGAUCGUUCGAGCUGGCCAUAGUGCGCCUGUCUCGGCUUAUAGACAUCAACCGCGAACAAGUGCUUUACGGAGACGUCGUGCUGCCGAUACGGGAGUGCGUGCACGCACGGGACCCACGCGACAUGGCGCUGGUUUCUGGAAUAUUCGACGUCGCCAAGUCGAUCGCGAGACUGAAACUCACUGAGACGGAGCUGGCCUUGUACCAGAGUCUCGUGCUGUUGUGGCCAGAGCGGCACGGCGUCCGCGGCAACUCGGAGAUCCAGUGCCUGUUCAACAUGUCGAUGGCGGCGAUGCGCCACGAGAUCGAGACCAACCACGCGCCGAUCAAGGGUGACGUCACCGUGCUCGACACGCUCAUGGCCAAGAUCAAUACGUUCAGAGAGCUAUCGCUGAUGCACUUAGAGGCGCUGUGCCGUUUUAAGGCCGCCCACCCGCACCACGUAUUCCCAGCCCUUUACAAAGAACUGUUCUCUUUGGACAACGUCCUUGACUACACGCACGGAUAAACAGACAGACAAACAGAACACGACACGAAUCGUUUUAAUUCUGCCCGCGCUCGUGUGGGACUUUCAAAGACUUUCAUUUACUACUGUUUACUAUCGCGAACUGACGGCGCGUCGGACAGUUGUUGGACUAUUUGUAUUAUGUAUGUAUGUAUUCUGAGACUGUUACGACUUAUAUACGUACAAUUUAAUAUAUAAAAUGUUUAUUUAAUACGUAUAAACGGCCGGCCGCCGCCAGUUUUAUAAUCAAUUUCGAUAUUUGAGGUUAUAUGCGCUUGGACGAUUGUAACUGGGAUGACAUCUACGGACACAUAACGAAACGGUUUCUUUAUGUGUCUGUGGACGAAUAUAAUAACUAUAAAAUAUAUCUAACACGACGAUGAAAUAAUAAUAAUUAUUAUAUAAAUAUAUAAUAGACAUAGAGUUUUUAUUAAGAAAUAAAUAAAGGUGUUAUAAAGGAUUAGCGGAAUAAAGAUCACACAAUGUUUUUCUUUAGGAGCGUUUAAAAUAGGUAUUUUUUAAUUAUUUUAACAGUUUUAUGGAUGUAACUUGUUAUUUAUUUCAAAUGAUUAUUAAUAUUGAUGUUUUUUUAUUUCGAUUUUAGAUCGAUUAUGUUAUAUAGGAAUACAGAUACUGCCCAACUCUUUUUGUAGAUUCUUUUUAGUUUUUUUUGGAGGUCGUACAGAGGCGAUGGAAAAUUCAUGAAUAUUAUUAAAAUAUGUUAUUGAUAAGUUGCGUAAUAUUGAACAAAAUCAGACGAGCAAUUGUAUUAUAUUGUUAUGAUAAGUGUCUUCAAAUCUUACUAUGACGGCGUUUUUCGCUUAUGUAUUUAUGUGUUCUUAAUUUAUUUCGCAAUAUAUUUUUUUUUCAAAUAUUUUAUCGUUUUUUUUCUACAAUCCGUGCAUAGUAAGAUUUGAUCUUUUAACAUCUCACGGUCAAAAUAAUUUGUACUGUACCAGCAGGCAAUUUAAUUUUUUUUCUUAUAAUAAUUUUUGAUCUCAACGCAUAUAUAUAUACAUCCCUUCUUUUGGGUGCCAUGUUUGGUUUUUUAAUAAUAAAAGCACACGUAACGCAUAAUAUUUUUUUUAUUGUUUUUUAUGUUUUUUUUUUGUACUUCGUAUACGUAACGUUUUUAAGCUGUUUGCUUGUUUGGAACGUAAAUUGCCUGCUACAUUAUUUAGAACUACUAAUUAUUAUCAAUUUUUCUAACAUUACGCUAAGUUAAAUAGCCUUUACUAUAUAGACUGGUUUAUAUUAAUGUUAAAUCUUAUAAAACUUAACGCGUAUUUUGUAAAUAGUUAAUAAUAUGUAUUUUAUAUUAAAUGUCAUAUAAGGUUCGAUGGGUUAUUUUUAAUUUUUACAUUCUAUUAAAAGUAUAUAAAAAACAUAUUUUCCACAAUGUUACGAGGUCGACGUACUGUAUGUGAAAAUGUUGUUUUUACUUAUAUAUAUUAUAUAUUUUUUGUUAAAUAAAGCAAUCUGUUAUUGUCUA